AUGGCCAAUCCAUACGGAGAUGGUGAGUUCGCGCAUGCGUUCAACCAGCAAGAUCACCAGACCCAGCAGGCUUGGAACGCACUGGCAACCACGAUCCCCCCUCCGCCGUUCCGCGCCGAGUGGGGCUACGCGCACGGCACCAGCGACCAGAUGUGGCCGCCGGAGCACCUGGGCGGCGAGCCCGAGCACGACUACGUCGAGCAGGUCGUGGUGCUGGUGCAGGGCCUCCCGGCGCAGGCGGCGCGGGGCGACAUCCUGAGCGCGGCGCGGGUGCUGACGGGCAACACGGGCUCCUCGUUCGGGAUCCACUACGUCACCAUCACCCAGCCGGGCACCGCCUACGUCUACUGCGCCGACGUGCGCAAGGCCGCCGGCCUCGCCGAGCUGCUGUCGCAGGGCGGCUUCCCGCCCGACCUCAACGCCAAGCCCGCCCCGUCGUCGUCGUCGUCCGGCGGCAGCAGCCGGGGCCAGAAGAGCAGCAGCGGGAGGAAGCAAAAGUCCCAAAAGGACCCGGCAGCGGCGGCAUCGGCGUCGGGCAAGGCCAGGGUGAGGUCGGGCCCGCCCUCGUCCGCGCCCGCGACCCAGCCCAGCAUCCCGUUAUAUACCGAGCACUGCGCGUUCAAGAUUUCGUCGCAGUUCCUGCAGCACCUCCAGGAGGUCCGCUUCGCGCGGGGCAACAAGGGCCCGGAGAAGGUGCGCCAGAAGUGGGAGGAGAGCCACCCGAGCGGCCGCCCGAAGCCGUCCAAGAGGUGA